UGCGCGGCGGCGGCGGCGGCGGCGGCCGCGGCCGCGGCGGCGGCGGCGGUGGUGGCGGCGGUGGGGUGGCGGGAGCGGAGCGGCAUGGCCACGGCGGCUUCUAACCCCUACCUGCCGGGGAACAGCCUGCUGGCGGCCGGCUCCAUUGUGCACUCGGACGCCGCGGGCGCCGGCGGCGGCGGCGGCGGCGGCGGUGGCGGCGGCGGUGGCGGCGGCGGCGCGGGGGGCGGCGGCGGCGGCAUGCAGCCCGGCAGCGCCGCCGUGACCUCGGGCGCCUACCGCGGGGACCCUUCCUCCGUCAAGAUGGUCCAGAGCGACUUCAUGCAGGGGGCCAUGGCCGCCAGCAACGGCGGCCAUAUGCUGAGCCACGCACACCAGUGGGUCACGGCCCUGCCCCACGCCGCCGCCGCCGCCGCCGCUGCCGCCGCCGCCGCCGUGGAGGCCAGCUCGCCGUGGUCGGGCAGCGCCGUGGGCAUGGCCGGCAGCCCCCAGCAGCCGCCGCCGCCGCCGCCGCCGCCGCAGGGCCCCGACGUGAAGGGCGGCGCCGGGCGUGACGACCUGCACGCGGGCACCGCGCUGCACCACCGCGGGCCGCCGCACCUCGGGCCGCCGCCGCCGCCGCCGCACCAGGGCCACCCGGGAGGUUGGGGCGCCGCCGCCGCCGCCGCCGCUGCCGCCGCCGCCGCCGCCGCCGCUGCGCACCUCCCGUCCAUGGCCGGCGGCCAGCAGCCGCCGCCGCAGAGCCUGCUCUACUCGCAACCCGGGGGCUUCACGGUGAACGGCAUGCUGAGCGCGCCCCCGGGCGCGGGCGGCGGCGGCGGCGGCGCGGGCGGCGGCGCCCAGAGCCUGGUGCACCCGGGGCUGGUGCGCGGGGACACUCCCGAGCUGGCCGAGCACCACCACCACCACCACCACCACGCGCACCCGCACCCGCCGCACCCGCACCACGCGCAGGGGCCGCCGCACCACGGCGGCGGGGGCGCGGGGCCUGGCCUCAACAGUCACGACCCGCACUCGGACGAGGACACGCCGACGUCCGACGACCUGGAGCAGUUCGCCAAGCAGUUCAAGCAGCGGCGCAUCAAGCUGGGCUUCACGCAGGCCGACGUGGGGCUGGCACUGGGCACGCUCUACGGCAACGUGUUCUCGCAGACCACCAUCUGCCGCUUCGAGGCCCUGCAGCUGAGCUUCAAGAACAUGUGCAAGCUCAAGCCACUGCUGAACAAGUGGCUGGAGGAGGCGGACUCGAGCACCGGCAGCCCCACGAGCAUCGACAAGAUCGCGGCGCAAGGCCGCAAGCGCAAGAAGCGGACAUCCAUCGAGGUGAGCGUCAAGGGCGCGCUCGAGAGCCACUUUCUCAAGUGCCCCAAGCCCUCGGCGCAGGAGAUCACCAACCUGGCCGACAGCCUGCAGCUGGAGAAGGAGGUGGUGCGGGUGUGGUUCUGCAACCGGCGCCAGAAGGAGAAGCGCAUGACGCCGCCCGGCAUCCAGCAGCAGACGCCCGACGACGUCUACUCACAGGUGGGCACUGUGAGCGCUGACACGCCACCGCCUCACCACGGGCUGCCGACGAGUGUGCAGUGAGGUCGGGGGCCGCCGCGCCCCCUCGAGGGCUGCCGCCGCCCGCAGCCUCCAUCGCCCGCCACAGCCGCCGCCGCCGCCGCCGCCGCCGCAGCCGCCGCCGCCGCCGCCAGCGGAGCCCGCCCCUGGCCCGCUGCCCUGCUCUGAGCCCACAGCCGGCCACGCUCGCCCUUCGGAGGGGAAAAAAGAGAGAGAGACGGACCAAGGAGACGUGCGUGUGUGUGUGUGUGUGUGUGUGUGUGUGUGUGUGCUGUGUGUGUGUGCUGUGUGUGUGUGUGCUGUGUGUGUAUGGUGUGUGUGUAUGGUGUGUGUGUGUGCUUAAUCCAAGGAAAGAGGGGGGAACGCAUACCCUAAGUACCCAGACUUUUAUAUUCAUAGAUCACAGAAGGAAGAAAAGGAAAGAAAGAAAGAAAGAAAGAAAGAAAGAAAGAAAGAAAGAAAGAAAGAAAGAAAGAAAGAAAGAAAGAAAGAAAGAAAGAAAGAAA